UCAUUCCAUAUGACAAUUGAUCCAUGCAGCCGUCUUCUCCCGUCAUUCGUGAUUUCUAGGCACAUGGCAUUAAAGUCAAGCCACUUUAUUAUUUUAUACAAAACUAAACGAGUAUUGUGAUUGAUCGAUCGAUGUAUCGUAUUAUCCGCGUGUGAUGUCGUUCUUUCACAUUUUCCGUAACAAUGAUGCUCUGGCUCGUGAUAUUACUCGGUAUUCAAUCAUGUUCGAGUAUCGUAAUACGUAUAAAUCCUAUAGUAAUCGUGAAAUAUGUACGAAAUGACACCUCAGGAGAUUUUUCCAGAUUUACAACUGGUCCAGAUCCCAAUGCACCUCCAGGAGUAACCAAGUACUCAGUCAAAUAUCUCGAUAUUAACAGCAGUACAGGAAAAUUCCUCGUUAAUAAACGUUACGGAUCUAAUUUAUUUUGGUGGUUUUUCCCAAGCGAACGAAAUUCGAGCUCGGAUCCUGUAAUAGUUUGGCUACAAGGACAACCCAACACGUCCUGUUUACACGGAUUAUUCGAUGAGCAUGGUCCUUAUGCCAUCGAUCCACUCAGCAAGGCAAUCGUGAAAAGGGAACAUCGCUGGACUAAGGAAUUCAACGUGUUGUAUUUGGAUUUAUGCACCAGUUGCGGAUACAGUUAUUCUGGUCACCCGAAAGGAUACUCUUUAAGCUUAGAAGCUGUAGCCAAAAAUCUCGUAAGAGCUUUACACAUGUUCUUCUCCACGUAUCGAAAUUUAGUCAAAAAUGAUCUGUAUCUGAGUGGAGAAUCAAUGAGUGGCCAGUACAUGUUCGUCGUCGCUCACGGUAUUCAUAAUUCCAAUCCUAUGACACCUGUACAGCUCAACUUCAAAGGAUUACUUAUCGGUAAUGGUUUCAUGGACUCUAGGCAACUUGCCGAAUACCGAGAGAAUCUAUUCCGAAUAGGAAUACUUCCUUUAAAAGUAUACGACGACAUGUACACCAAAUUACCAUCCAUCGAAUCGAGUAUCUUGACUGGUGACUAUAAUCGAGCCAUAUCGCUAUGGAAUAAACAUUACUACUCCGCUAUCAGAGAAGCUGGUUACAAUAGUAUGUACGAUGUACGUGAUACAAACGCAUUUUGGAACAGCCUCGUCCCUCAGGUGGCCACUUCUAAGCAAAUACGACAACUUCUUCAAGUUGGCAAUCGAACUUUCAACGUUCCUCAUAACUGCGCGUACUUCAUAGGCGAAGUUUUCAAACCGACGAUCUCGAUCUUGGCAGAGGUCUUGAAUCAAUACAAGGUGCUCUUCUACACUGGUCAGUUUGAUAUGCUUGUGCCUUACAUACAUACAGCAAAUUUUUUGGAUUAUUUGGGAUGGAAAGGCGUUACUGGAUUUUAUUCAUCCAGACACAAUGCUUGGAUGAUGAAUGGGACCUUGGUCGGGUAUUGGAAAACAUAUCGCAGUUUGACUCAUGUUUUAAUUCGAAAUGCAGGACAUAUGGUUGGUGCUUCACAGCCGGAAUAUUUAUUCGAGAUGGUGAAGAGGUUUGUUAAUGAUGAUGGUAGUGACCCUAAACGUUUUAAAAGAGCAGAUAAGGAUGUGUGAACUUGAAUUUAUAUUCUAAAAAAUCAUGCUGUAAAAUAAUAAGUGUAAAUAGACUGACAUUGUUUUAUUUGUAAGUAUUUUUUACGAGCCAUUUUUA